CCCGCUCGGACAAGCGGUUGUUCACAAUGGAUGGAUGGAUGGACGGAUUAUUACAUCGAAGGAAGUCCCUCACCACCUCCACGUGAUCUAAACUCCGAAUCUCAUUGGCCAACUUUCGCGUCAUGAUGUAACCGGUGACGUAUCGAUGUUUCUGUGUAGGGACCCGGGGAGACAGGAGUCGCGUACGUUUGGGUCAUUACUGUAUAUCACCCUAGUGAGGUCAGUGUCACGCUGCACACUUGUGAAUCGGAAAGUGUUCGACUACGGAGGAUGGCCGGGGUUCCCUUUAGAGUGCUGCGGUUAUGCAGGCGUCACCUGGCACUGUUGCGCGGCUGUGCGCACCCAGACACCCGGGUGUCACUGCAAAGACAGUUCAGUUUGCACAGAGGGAAAAGCAGAGAUUUGCUGAAGAUGAUGCUUCUGGGAGCAUCGGUCGGCGUGCCCCUAGUGGUUGGAGUCCGGUUCGCCGUGUCCGAGCCUCGAGAGAGACGGAAGAUGAAAAUCUUGCUGGAGGGAAUCGGCCGCUUCUCGAGGUCUUUAUAUGUGGGAAUGGUGAUUUCUGUUGAUUACUGGUGGACGUCCAAUGUAACACUACGUAGCACAGAUGAGGAGAGUCCAGCUUUUCAGGAGGCCAUGUCAGCAUGUCAUCAGAGGGCGGCGGACAGCAUAGUGAAUGGGGCUGUGCAGAAUGGAGGCCUCUACAUCAAGCUUGGCCAAGGUCUUUGUUCCUUCAACCAUCUGCUACCUCCAGAGUACAUCCGCACACUGCAAGUGCUGGAAGACAUGGCGCUGAACAGGAGGUACAAGGAGGUAGAUGCCCUGUUUCUGGAAGACUUCAACACGACGCCAGACGAGAUGUUCAAGAAAUUUGAUUAUGAGCCAAUAGCGGCAGCAAGCUUGGCUCAAGUACACAAGGCAGAGUUGCAUGAUGGGACUCCGGUGGCUGUUAAGGUGCAGUACAUUGACCUGAGAGAUAGGUUUGAUGGCGACAUCCGUACACUGGAGAUCCUGCUGGAUAUCAUUCAGUUUAUGCACCCCGGCUUUGGAUUUCGAUGGGUCCUCAAGGACCUGAAGGGAACGCUGGCUCAGGAGCUGGACUUUGAGAACGAGGCUAGGAACUCCGAGCGCUGUGCCCGAGACCUCAAGCAUUUUAAAUUCAUUGUUGUUCCCAAGGUUUUCUGGAGAGAGACCAGUAAGAGGGUGCUGACCGCUGAAUUCUGCGAGGGCUGCAAAAUAAACAACAUUGAAGAAAUCAAGAGGCAAGGGCUCAGUUUCAAAGAUGUUGCUGACAAGCUGAUACGGGCUUUUGCCGAGCAGAUAUUUUACACGGGCUUCAUCCACGCCGACCCUCAUCCUGGCAACGUGCUGGUGAGACGAGGACCCGAUAAGAAAGCAGAACUGGUUCUUUUGGAUCACGGCCUUUACGAAUUCCUCAGCAAAAGUGACAGGGUGGCCCUGUGUAAGCUGUGGCGUUCUGUCAUCCUGCGAGAUGAAGCAGGCAUGAAACUCCACGCCAGUGCCCUUGGGGUUAUAGAUUACCACCUGUUCUGCGAGCUGCUGCUGCAGCGGCCGAUCAACAUGCGCGAGCUGGGUCUGGCCAACAUUUUGAGCCGGGAGGAGACAGCCUACAUGCGCAACAUGGCCGUGAACCACUUCGAGAAAAUCAUAGAGGUGCUGAAGUCGCUGCCGCGGCCUAUGCUGCUGGUGUUCCGCAACGUGAACACCGUGCGCAGCAUCAACAUUACCCUGGGAGCACCUGUUGACCGCUACUUCGUCAUGGCUAAGAGUGCUGUGAGGGGCUGGGGGAAGAUACACGUAGAGGAUUCUGGCCCGUUACCCAGGCUCCGGGUAUUCCAGUGGCUGUGGUCAGCAUGGGAGGGGUUCAAAUUUGAAUGUGCGCUGAGGUCAGAGAUGGCAAAGAUGAGUCUGACCAGGUCAUUGCUGAAAAUAUUCUCUUAUUUUGGCUUUAUAACACUGGAUGAAGAAUUUCAUCAGUACCUCCACUGAAUGGAUGUUUCUCUUUUACCUCAACGCAUGGCAUGGUCUGUGUGCCCACCAACGUGAAGACCAGUUGGACGGACCUGCACACGGUGCACCUGGUGUUUUUUGAAGAGCUGGAAUUACAAAUGACAGCGGAAACGGAUGGCCCUAGCCUGGAUAUUUGCUACCCAGAGGUGCUAUUUGCACUCGGUCACCAAUCCGCCCUGGACUAUAUGCAUGGAAGUAGCAUCAACUCAAUGUAUUGUUAAGAUACGUUGGAGGGACAAUUAAUGGCAUAGGAUAAAAGCACCGGCAUCGAUGCUGGACACCACACGCC